UGAGGAUUGAGUAAUGAAACGCUAUUGAACUUACUGCUUAGUUGUUAUGUGAUUUCAUAAUUCGAUUCACGUAAUAAUUAUUGUUAUAUCACAUUUUAUUCUUCCAUUAAUACAUUCAGAAAGGGCGUGUAUUCCAGUGCUUUAGAAUGGGUGACACGCGUAAGAAGAAAAAGUUUUACUUUCGUAAACGAAGAAACAAGUAUUUCUUAGAACCCGGCUUUAGAGGUUUCUUUUGCACAUGUAACUUCAGGGAGAAGGAUUGUGUCAAAGAAAUGUACAACCUGCUCAACGAAUAUGCAGGGAAAUUAUAUCCUGAAGUUGAAGGCCCACCACCUGUAGCAUUAGCCGAUCGAGAAGAUCGAACGGACAGUGAUUCUGAGAGUGAGACUGAUAUAGGAGACUUGCUCAAACAGGAAGUUGAUUCUAUGAAGAGUUAUUCACAAAAAUCUCUUAAGCACAAACGAUUUCAAGUGGUUGAGACUGGAGCAUCAAAUUGCAUUUUUAUAAAGACUAAUCUACCAUGCCCUGAAGAAUUAACUACAGCUAUUAUCAAGGACGUAUGUACCACAAAAGUGCAAAAGACGCGCCAUGUUUUACGAUUCUUGCCCAUCAUGGCUACUUGUAAAGCCAAUUUACCUGAUAUAAUGGAAUGUGCUGGUAAACUUUUUGAUAAAUUCUUCUUGAAGAAGCCAUCAACAUUUGCUGUUAUAUUUAACAAGAGGUUUAAUAGUAGUGUAUCGAGAGAUUUAAUCAUCAAGGAACUUGCUGAAUUAAUUGUUCUUAAGAACAGUGGUAAUAAGGCAGACCUAAAGAACCCAGGUCUUUCUAUAAUUGUUGAAAUUAUAAAAGGAAUUUGCCUUCUUAGUAUUGUUGACAACUACUUCUCUUAUAAGAAGUACAAUCUGAAUGAACUCUAUAAAGAGGAAUCCAACAAUGAUUGUGAUGGUCCUCAACCAAAGAAGUUAAAACCAGCAAAUGAUUCCGAUGAAAAAAAGAGUACUGAAGAGGCUGUUAUUAACUAACCACAUACUUUCCAGUAUGUUAUAUACUGUUAUACUAAUUUUUUCAUGUUUUAGGCUAAGGCAACUUGUGCCCCCUAUACCAAUUCUUGCACCAAAUUUUUGCUAUUUCAGACUUUUAAAUCUUUCACUAAGAUGUUAUUAUAAUAAACUUAUUGUUUUAUGUGU